CUAGUCUGAUCCACUUUCCCUACCGCGCCCCACAACUGCCCAGAACCAUCGCAUGUCGUGAUUGCGGGGAUCGAUGACGACCUCGGGUCUCUCCACGAUGUUACGAGUCAUUCCGAAACCCUGGAUACCAAGGCCGCGGCAGCACAGCGCCCAACUCGCUGCAACUGCCCAAAUGAGGUUUUCCGUCCGAUGCGGCAGGUUACGUCGCCGGCAUCGCCCUUCAUGGAGGACUCGCCGCUUUGAGUGUAGUCAGCAGAAUUGUUGAAGGGUUUGGUAGGACCUGUGACUGGAAAUGGCGGUUGUACUCGAGGCAUCACCUUGUUCCAGCAUCCAUAAGAAAUCAACUUGUUGUUCAAUCACUAAAUCGCUCAUACGAACGCGAGAUGGCUUGGGAAGAACCUCGCAAAACGGGCAUGCAGUACCGCCGCCUAGGUAACUCAGGCUUGCACGUAUCUGCGCUGGGCCUGGGAGGAUGGCUCACUUUUGGAGGCCACGUCGAAAAUGAACUUACAUUCUCCAUCAUGAAGACGGCCUACGAUAAUGGGAUCACGUUCUUCGACACGGCUGAGUCUUAUGCCGCAGGUCAGUCCGAGAUCAUCAUGGGUCAGGCUAUCAAGAAAUUUGCAUGGAACCGCAACGACAUUGUGAUAUCCACAAAACUCAAUUGGGGCGGCGCAAAUGGCGAAGUACUUGUUAAUAAUCACGGUCUCUCUCGCAAACACAUCAUCGAGGGACUCCGCGCAUCUCUCAAACGUAUGGACCUGGAGUACGUCGAUAUAGUGUAUGCGCACCGUCCGGAUCGUCUUACACCCAUGGAAGAAACAGUCCGCGCAUUCAACCAUGUCAUCGAGCAAAAAGGCUGGGCGUUGUACUGGGGCACAUCUGAAUGGUCUGCAGACGAGAUUGCCGAAGCUUGCGGGAUAGCGAAGCAGUUAGGUCUCAUCGCACCAGUGGUGGAGCAGCCGCAGUACAACCUGCUCGAGAGGAAAAAGGUGGAGAGUGAGUUCCAGCGCCUGUAUGCGCGGUUCGGGAUUGGGUUGACUACAUUUUCGCCGCUGAAGUUUGGGCUGCUUAGCGGAAAGUACAAUGAUAGUCCGGAUGCGCCGCCAGCAGGAUCAAGGUUUGCUGAAGGAAAAGAUGGUUUUGUGAGUGGAAUGCGCGACCGAUAUGGAAAUGAAGAGUGGAGUGGUAUGAUCGGCAGCGCGAGGAAAUUGAAGCCCAUCGCGGAUAAGCUGGGCGUCAGCCAGUCGCAGUUAUCGCUUGCGUGGUGCUUGAAGAAUCCGCAUGUCUCUGCGGUGAUCACUGGCGCAUCAAGACCAGAGCAGGUGGUGGACAACUGUGCAGCCUUGAAAAUUAUAGACAAGCUUACGCCAGAUGUGAUGGCUGAGAUUGACGCAGUGGUGGGGAGCGUUCAGCUAGAUCCUGCUCGGCAGGAUUAA